AUGUGGCUGAAGCCGGAGGAGGUGCUGCUGAAGAACGCCCUGAAGCUCUGGGUCACCCAGAAGAGCAGCUGCUACUUCAUUCUGCAGCGCCGGAGGGGCCACGGGGAAGGAAGCGGCCGCUUCACCGGUCGCUUGGUAGGCGCACUGGAUGCAGUCCUGGAUUCCAAUGCACGUGUUGCCCCCUUUCGAAUUUUACUACAAGUUCCUGGAUCACAGGUUUACUCUCCCAUAGCAUGUGGUGAGUUAUUGAAUGGAUCAGAAGUUUACUGGGCCAUAGCCAUUGGUGCAACCUUAGAGGAGAUUAAUCAGCAUUGGGAGUGGCUAGAACAAAACCUGCUGCAUACAUUGUCUGUAUUUGAUAAUAAAGAAGAUAUUGCUAGUUUUGUUAAAGGGAAAAUAAAGGCCCUGAUUGCAGAAGAGACUCGUAGUAAAUUAGCAGAACAAGAGGAAGAGCCUGAGAAAUUUCGAGAGGCAUUGGUGAAAUUUGAAGCCAGAUUUAACUUUCCUGAAGCUGAGAAGUUGAUAACUUACUAUUCUUGCUGUUGUUGGAAGGGUCGAGUCCCUCGUCAGGGUUGGCUGUAUCUGAGCAUUAACCACCUCUGUUUUUACUCUUUCUUCUUGGGCAAAGAACUCAAACUCAUUGUCCCCUGGGUUGAUGUUCAGAAGCUAGAAAGGACAUGCAAUGUCUUCAUGACAGACACCAUCCGCAUUACCACGCAGAAUAAAGAGCGUGAUUUUUCCAUGUUUCUUAACCUUGAUGAGGUAUUUAAGAUAAUGGAACAGCUAGCAGAUGUGACACUCCGAAGGCUCCUAGAUAAUGAGAUAUUUGAACUGGAUCCAGACUUGCAGGAGCCAACCCAGAUUACCAAGAGGGAUCUGGAAGCCAGAGCACAAAAUGAGUUCUUUCGGGCCUUCUUCAGGUUGCCAAGGAAGGAGAAACUACAUGAAGUUGUAGACUGUUCUCUGUGGACACCAUUUAGCCGCUGUCACACAGUGGGACGGAUGUUUGCUUCUGAUAGUUAUGUCUGUUUUGCCAGCAAAGAAGAUGGCUGUUGUAACGUCGUCCUUCCACUUAGAGAGGUAGUGAGCAUAGAGAAAAUGGAAGACACCAGUCUCCUUCCUAAUCCCAUCAUUAUCAGUAUAAGGAGCAAGAUGGCCUUUCAGUUCAUUGAACUCAAGAAUAGAGAGAGUUUGGUGGAAAACCUGCUCAUGAGGCUGAAACAGGUUCAUGCUAACAGCCCGGCACAUUACAACACCUUGAAAAAUGAAGAUAUGACAUCUGCUCUUUUUCAGUCAACAAGUGUGAACAAUGACCCAAAGUUUGGGACUCUCAAAAUGUCUCCCAAUGGUAACAAAGUUGACAAAGAAACUAGCCCUCUGCCAAAUUCUGAGGCAUUGAUGGCUGUCUUCCACCAGACCGGAAACCAGAGCCCAGAUUCUAGAAUGUCAAGAGAACAAAUCAAAGCAAGUCUAUGGAGUGACCAUUUUGUGGAAUAUGGCAGAACCGUGUGUAUGUUUCGUACAGAAAAGAUUCGCAAGCUUGUUGCCAUGGGAAUCCCUGAAUCUUUACGGGGGAAACUCUGGCUCCUGUUUUCAGAUGCUGUAACUGAUCUUGCCUCUCAUCCUGGUUACUAUGGGAAUCUGGUAGAGGAGUCAAUGGGCAAAUGUUGUCUAGUAACCGAGGAGAUUGAGCGGGAUUUGCACCGCUCUCUCCCAGAGCACCCAGCCUUCCAAAAUGAAACGGGAAUCGCCGCCUUGAGGAGAGUACUGACCGCCUACGCUCACCGGAACCCCAAGAUUGGAUACUGCCAGUCGAUGAACAUUCUGACAUCUGUGCUACUCCUAUAUGCCAAAGAGGAAGAAGCCUUUUGGCUGCUGGUGGCUGUGUGUGAGCGGAUGUUGCCGGAUUACUUCAAUCAUCGAGUCAUAGGGGCUCAAGUGGACCAGUCAGUCUUUGAGGAACUCAUAAGAGAAAGACUUCCAGAACUGGCUGAACACAUGAAGGAUCUAUCCACUCUAGCUUCCAUUUCCCUUUCAUGGUUCCUGACCCUGUUCCUCAGCAUAAUGCCCCUAGAAAGUGCCGUGAAUGUCGUGGACUGUUUCUUCUAUGACGGGAUCAAAGCCAUCUUCCAGCUGGGGUUAGCAGUACUAGAAGCAAAUGCAAUGGAGCUGUGUAGCAGUAAAGAUGAUGGCCAAGCCUUGAUGAUCCUUAGCAGGUUCCUGGAUCAUGUUAAGAAUGAAGAAAGCCCUGGACUACCAGUUGGAAAUCACCAUACCUUUUUCUCUGAUGAUCAGGAGCCCUUUCCUGUGACAGAAAUAGCAGACCUAAUUCGGGACUCCUAUGAGAAAUUUGGAGACCAGUCAGUGGAGCUGAUUGAACAUAUGCGUUGCAAACAUAGGAUCCGGGUUCUCCAAGGUCAUGAGGAUACAACAAAACAGAACGUUCUCCGGGUUGUUAUUCCAGAAGUAUCGAUUCUCCCUGAAGAUUUAGAGGAACUCUAUGACUUAUUCAAGAGAGAACACAUGAUAAGCUGUUACUGGGAACAGACGAGUCCUGCAUUUCAGCGCCAUGAUCCCAACAGACCGUAUGCUGAACAGUAUCUGAUAGAUGCACAACAGUUCACGAACCUUUACAAGCUCGUCUCCCCAUGGACAUGUGGUGCCCACACUGAGAUCCUGGCUGAAAGAACCUUUCGCCUCCUGGAUGAAAACAUGGAUCAUCUUAUUGCAUUCAAAGGAUUUGCUAUCUGCUUAGAUAUUAUGUACAAUGGAGAAAUGAAUGAAAAAAUAAAACUUCUUUAUAGGCUUCAUCUCCCUCCUGCUCUCACUGAAAAUGACAAAGAUAGUCAAUCACCAUUAAAGAAUCCACUGUUGUCAACUUCAAGACCUCUGGUCUUUGGGAAAUCAAAUGGUGAUACUAUUGAUUAUCAGAAGCAGUUGAAACAAAUGCUUAAGGAUUUAGCCAAAGAAAAAGACAAAACUGAAAAAGAACUGCCAAAAAUGAGCCAGAGAGAAUUUAUCCAGUUCUGUAAAACUCUAUAUAGUAUGUUUCAUGAAGAUCCAGAGGAAAAUGACCUGUAUCAAGCUAUUGCCACAGUAACUACUUUGUUACUGCAGAUCGGAGAAGUGGGGCAGAGGAGUAGCAGCUCAGGAAGCUGCUCAGAUGAGUAUAUGGAGGAUAUACAAACCGAAGGAUCUGCUUCCACCUCUGACCAGGACUCAGUUUUUACUGAUGUGGGGAAGAUGCCUCAUAGAUAUUCCCAAGCAUUAUCUAUGACUGAAGGGGAUUGGACUGUCUCCCUUGAACAUAUUUUAGCAUCACUUUUGACGGAACAGUCGCUAGUAAACUUCUUUGAAAAGCCACUAGACAUAAAAUCUAAACUUGAAAAUGCCAAGAUCAAUCAGUAUAGUCUCAAAACCAAUGAAAUGAGCCGCCAGUCUGAGUAAAGGCCAGUAGCACAUACACCAUUCUGCUGAGUACACUGGAGGAUGCUAUACCAAAGCACAUGUUGGCAAACAAGGCUGCUUCUGAGUUGCUUAGUAUGUUCUUUAAAAUAGUGAGCAUUGUCCAAAUGUCAGCUUGAAUUGUUUUACAAACUUGAGGGGUUAUGGAGGUAUCUUGACAGAAACCAAAUGAAACGGGAAGCAAGGAACUAUUAAACUUUACUUAAGGACUUGGACAGAAGCCAUUACUUUCUUCACCAAAUCUCAAACCAAUUCUAGGUGAAGACCCUGGAGAAGACAGAACAGAGCAAGCUAUGUGAUUUGUCUCCCAGUGUUUAAACUACAGUUUUGUUUCAGAGUUUACUGAUGCUUAUUACCUCUCAUACAGAGAGAUUUUUUUAAAAAGAGCAUUUCCCCCACCAAUGAAUGUAAAAGAUGUUACUCAAUUGAGUUUUGGGGUGUUUUGAGGUGAGGGAGGGACUAAUUCAAGUCCAGGUUUAAGAGCUACUGUUUGCAAAUGGCUUUUUUUCUUUUGCACUAAUCCUGAAAAAAACCUGUUUCAAUGCUGGUAAUUGAAACUGUUUUAUUAUUUUUGGUUGUAUUCAAUUUGUAUGUCUUGCAAAAAAAAAAAAGUGUACAAAACCAUGCUUUUGAUGUUGUUGGUUCCCAAAAGCAGUUUUUAAUAAUAUUCUUUUGUAUUGACUUGCUGGUUUUCUUUUAAGUUACUUGAACACUUUUCACAGCCAAGCCUUUAAACACACACAAACCUAAAAUUUGGGAACUCAAAGACCUUGGCUAAAACUUGGUCCAGUCAAUUCCCUGCAUAAAAGUUUUAUCAUAUUUGGAAAACACCUCAUUUAGGAUAAACUUUAAAUAUACUACUUCACCUCUAUUCCAGGAACAUAAACAAAUCACGUCAUUUUAAUAGAAUGGAAUUUUACAUAUUUUUAUGACUCACAACAGAAAUAACACCUCCUAGAAUAACAGACUUUACUCUUCAGGUGUGAGGAGACGGGAAAAGACAGUCAUCCCUAUUACAUGAGGAGGAAUUAUUACACUAGUUGUUUCUGGAUUUUACAAGAAGUCAUAAGCCAAAUGCAGAUGUGCAUCUGGUUGCAGUGGACUAUCCUUCAUCAAAACACAUGUGAAUUCCAGCAACCAACAUUCUCUGGUCCCUUCUCCAUUCAUUGCAUAGUCAUGCUCUAUGGCGACCAAGCAACAGCUUCUACUCAAGUAAAGUAUGUAGACAGAGUGAUGACAAAAAGUCUUGGUGCAGCGUGCAGCCUCUAGAAUAUAAAGGGUAAUUAUAGUUGUUGGUCCCCUUGGGUUCCCCAUACUCAGGGUUCAGUGUUUAGAGGAAGAGAAAUGAUUUCAAGUUACUGCUCCUAACAUAAUCCUACUUA